GAUCCGGCUGCGGGGGUGGGACUUCCGGCUGCGGCCCCGGCGCUUGUUCAGCCGCCGCCGCUUUCGGACCCGCCGCUCCCGCUGCCCCCGCAUCCGCUGCCCCGCCGCCAUGACCGCGCCCCGGCCCCCGCCGCGGGCCCUGCCCGCAGCGCUGCUGCUGCUCCCUCUGCUCUACCUCGGUGCCCGCGCCUCCGACGUGGUGGAGCUCAGCGAUGCCGAUUUCGAGAGCGGCCUGGCCGAGCGCCCGGGGCUGGUGCUUGUGGAGUUCUUCGCGCCCUGGUGCGGGCACUGCAAGCGGCUGGCGCCGGAGUACGAGUCGGCCGCGACUCGGCUGAAGGGGAUCGUGCCUCUCGUGAAGGUUGACUGUACAGCAAACUCAAACACCUGUAACAAGUAUGGAGUGAGUGGAUAUCCUACCUUAAAGAUUUUUCGAGAUGGAGAAGAGGCAGGAACCUAUGAUGGGCCCAGGACAGCAGAUGGGAUUGUCAGUCAUCUCAAGAAACAGGCAGGACCUGCUUCAGUGGCUCUCACUUCUGUGGCUGAGUUUGAGAAGUUCAUUGGCGAUAAAGAUGCUUCUGUCGUGGGCUUCUUUAGGGAUGCAUCUGGGGAUGCUUAUUCGGAGUUCAUGAAAGCAGCCAACAGCCUCAGGGACAACUACCGCUUCGCACACACCUCCGAGGAGCAGCUGGUGCAGAAGUAUGAGGAAGAUGGAGAAGGUAUAGUCUUAUUCCGUCCUCCACGCCUGACCAACAAGUUUGAGGAGAGCUCCAUCAAGUACCCAGAAGACAAAAUCACCAGUGGAAAGAUCAAGAAAUUCAUCCAGGAGAACAUCUUUGGCAUCUGCCCACACAUGACUGAAGACAACAAAGACUUGAUCCAGGGCAAGGAUUUGCUGGUGGCAUACUACGAUGUGGACUAUGAGAAGAACGCAAAGGGAUCCAACUACUGGCGCAACAGAGUUAUGAUGGUUGCAAAGAAAUUCUUGGAUGCUGGCCAUAAGCUUUCUUAUGCUGUUGCUAGUCGGAAGACCUUUGGCCAUGAGCUUUCCGAGUUUGGUCUGGACAGCAGCGUGGGUGAGGCCCCAGUUGUUGCCAUCAGAACUGCCAAAGGAGAUAAAUACGUCAUGCAAGAAGAGUUCUCCCGUGAUGGAAAGGCUCUAGAGAGAUUCCUGCAAGAUUACGUUGAUGGAAACUUGAAAAAGUAUCUGAAAUCAGAGCCUAUCCCUGAAAACAAUGACGGCCCUGUAAAGGUGGUGGUGGCUGAGAACUUUGAUGAAAUUGUUAAUGCAGAAGACAAAGAUGUCCUGAUAGAGUUCUAUGCACCAUGGUGCGGCCACUGCAAGAAUCUGGAGCCCAAAUACAAAGAAUUGGGGGAGAAGCUCAGCAAAGAUCCCAAUAUCAUCAUUGCCAAAAUGGAUGCUACAGCCAAUGAUGUGCCUUCUCCCUAUGAAGUCCGAGGCUUCCCCACCAUCUAUUUUGCUCCAGCUGGCAAGAAGCAGAGUCCAAAGAAGUAUGAGGGGGGCAGAGAAGUGAGUGACUUCAUCAGCUACCUGAAGCGGGAGGCAACCAACACUCCUGUGCUGCAGGAGGAAGAUAAAUCCAAGAAAUCCAAGAAGAAGGUGAAGGAGGAUUUGUAAAGUACCCACUUGCUAUCUGGUCAGAAUGAGCUCUUUGUGAAUUGGGGAAGCACUGGGCAGACUGGGGCCAGUUCUGGGCUGUGGAGAGCCAUUGGGCUGAUGGCCCUCAGCUGCUGUAUCUAGUAAUGUUUAAUUUCCUGCCGUCUCUUAGCUGCACUGUUGUUGGGCUCCCCAGACUGGUUUGUUUUGUGGUUUGGGAAGGGUGGGGGGUACAGUUAUUUUCUAAUUUUUUUUGUACAUUUGGAGAAGUGAAACAAUAAAAUGACCCCCUUAAGACCAAG